AUGUGCAAGAAAUGCGGUGAGUUUGCUUGCGCUUUAUGGAUCACGUUCGAUUACUUUGCGACCACCGCUUCCAUCUUCACGAUGUUGGCCAUCUCUAUGGACCGGCUGUGGUCCGUCACCUGGAGUGUUCACUACAGAAACAACAACACGACUAGAAAGACGAUUGCCAUCAUCAGCGUCGUCUGGUUGCUUGACGUCAUCCUCAUUCUACCGGCGAUAAUUGUCGACCGCGUCCGGGAACACCCGAAGUGGAGCGAUCCGACGCUACCCGGAUUCCGAUACGACUGCAUCUGGGAUCCGGCUCGGAACGUCGCCUUCGUUUACUCGGUGAUGUUCGUCUGCUACCAGGUUCCUCUCGUCCUCAUGAUCGUCUGCUAUUUCCGCGUGUAUUACGUGCUAAGAAAACGCGCGAAAAUUCGUCGCGCGGCCCUUGUUGACCGGGUUGCAUCUCUCGCCAGCUCGGCCUACUUGCACAAUGCUGCCAGCGCUACCAGCAGCAACAAUCGCGUCAACAAUGAACAGAACGUUCCAAUGGAACGCAUGUGCGCGGAUCACCCUCGCGCGUCCUUGAACGUCCCAGGGGCAAGCGCGUCUGCCAGACAAAAUGUAGCGUCUACAACGUCCACCGCCCCCGUCGAGGUAACCCGUGGCAACAGCAGACGCACUUUCACUACGCUCACCUACAUUCUCGCCUCGUUCGUAUUUUGCUGGGAAAUUUUUCUCGUCAUGUUUGCUAUGAAGGCGAUAGAUCUGAGCAGCAUUUCUUACACGACCUACGUGCUGCUGUUCUGGCUGCCAUAUUUUAAUAGCACCUUGAACCCCGUCCUGUACGGUAUCAGUAGCUCGGAAUUUCGAAAGGCUUUUCGUAUGAUUCUACAUUGCAAAUAA